UCUCGGACCCAAAUCCCCCAAAACCCUUUUCUCCCUCGGCCCGUCGUCAUGAAGCGGAAGCAGAGAACCUCGGCGGCCGCCGCCGCCGCCACCGAAGUCGACGCCGACGAGCCGUCCCAGGCCCUGCUCCCCCUCGACGACUAUUCGGGCGACGUCUGCGCCGCCCUCACCGCGCGCUACGGCCGCUCCGCCUCCGCGCAGCACCGCCACCUGCUCGCCACCGCCGCCGCCAUCGGCUCCAUCCUCGCGGACGACGGGCGCUCCCUCACAGCCGAGUCCUACCUCCCCGCCGUCGUCUCCGCGCUCCGAGCCGCCGGCCCCUCUGACCCGGCCGCCGCUUCCGCGCUCGCCUCCCUCCUCGUCAUCCUCAUCCCCCACAUCUCCUCCCUGCCGCCGGCCUCCGCCUCCGAGUCCGCCUCCUCGCUCGCCGACUUCCUCGCCUCCCCUGACGCCUCCAAGCUCCCCACCGGCACCGUGCGCUCGGUGGUCAAGUCGCUCGGCCACCUGGCGCUCCUUCUCGAACCUGCAGCCGAUUGGGGCGCGCCUCUGGAGGCUCUCCUCGCCGCGUCCGUGGAUCAGCGCGCCAAGGUCCGAAGAUGCGCACAGGAGAGUGUGGAGAAGCUCUUCGCUUACCUGGAGCGUUCCCGUUGCGGGAAGAAAGCUAGCAGUGCUGCAGUUGGCUUGUUUGAAAAACACAUUUCAUCCGUGAGAGGUCUUGCCAAAUUGGAUGCAGACGCCUCCGAGGCUAAGGAGACGGAGGCGGUGCACAUGCUAGGCGCGAUGGCAGUUUUAGUUCCGCAUCUAUCUAAGAAGGCAAGGAGUACGGUGUUCUCGGGUGCUCGUCGGCUGUUGACCGCCCGUUUUAGCCCGCUCACGAGGCAUGUCCUCAGGCUAAUGGAGGCCUUGCUGGAGCAUCUUAAGGUUGAGAAUGUUGAGUCGGAGUUGGAGAAUUUCAUCUCCUUGCUGUUGGCCUAUCUGCCUUAUGAUGAGAAGAAGCCUGACGAUACCAUCAUCGCAGCAUUACAGCUGCUGAGAAGUUGUUUAGCGAAAUUGGCUGGUCACUCAAAAUUGUGGACAAAGGCUCUUCCAUCUGCAUUUGAGGCAGUUUCAGGAUACCUAAUUCUGGACAGAAAAUGUUCUGAAGAUAUAGCAAAACUGCUAAUAGAGUGCAUCUAUUCUCAUGUCGACCAAAGUAUUUUGUUGACUAAUGAAUCACAGCCUGAUGCUGGGGAUUCAAGUGAUGGCGCUGCUGUCAAAUCAAUCUGUUUGUCUAUCAAUAAAAGACUCAAAAAGUGUCCUGCUCCUCCUCUUCCUGAUAAUGUGUUAAAGAUCGUCCUGGCUUUGUUUCUCAAACUGGGGGAGUGUUCUUACAUUUUUAUGAAAGACAUCCUACUAACUUUGUCACGACUUGGUACGAAAAUACACAAAGAACCACACCUGAAGAAGGUUGAGGAGUGCAUUGGGGCAGCAAUAGUUGCCAUGGGGCCAGAUAAAAUUCAUUCACUACUCCCAAUAUCUUUUCAUGAGGAUUGGUUUACAUGCUCAAAUACUUGGCUCGUACCCAUUUUAAGCAAGUAUGUUUAUGGGGCCUCACUGCAACACUUUAUAGAGUACAUUGUACCGCUAGCGAAAUCUUUACGGGAUGCUUCAAGCAGGGCAAAAAAACCACGAAAAUGUAAAGAGUUGCAAGCUUGGAGUGAUCAAUUGUGGAACUUGCUUCCUGCCUUCUGCCGCUAUCCGUCUGAUGUAUAUCAGAAUUUUGGUUCCUUGUCCAAACUGCUUGUAGAGAUGCUGAAGUGUGAUCGGUGUCUCUACAAAUCCGCUUGUAAAGGCCUUCAGCAACUUAUCGAUGGAACUAGAAGAUUAACUAGCAGCGAUCAAGACGUAGAAAUCCCUGCAGAAAUUUCAGCCUUGUUCACGUCAUCGGAGGCUAAUAACUUAAGCUGUGUAAGCUUACAAAGAUGCUCGAAAAAAGAUGCCCGUAAAAGCAUGAAAGUCCUGGCAUCACAUUCUGUGGAUCUUCUUUGCACUUUUGCAGAUGAUUUCCUUGACUCUUCAGAAAAGCGUGCUCACUUAAAGGAUGCUCUGAGAUCCCUUGCUCAACUUUCUGGUAGCGCAAAUAUCUGUAACCUUUUUCUUUCACUAGUUAAAAGAUUUGGUUUGGAAGAUACUCCAUUGGAGCCAGAGAAUCUAGAAUGUCAAACAAAUGAGGUAGAUGGAAAAGAAGAAGAGAGCAGUGAUGCUACAGCGGAGAUAAAUAAUAAGAGGUCACUUCUGAUGGAACUCAUUCCCACGCUAGCUGAAGCUGCCGAUGAAGAUGCGCUUGAUUUAUUUUUUGGAUUCAUCAAGUCUUCUUUACUGAACAACAUCAAGUCGUGUGACAGCAGAGCUCUCUUCGCAUUAAGCAUAAUUUUGAAGGAACAUCAUGGAUAUUCUUUAACCCAGUUGGAUGAAAUAAUGAUGCUUCUUCAUGGAAUAAAGCCAGAUUCUAAUAAUGCAGUUUUAGAAGGCCAAUUAGUAUGCUACAAGUAUCUGUUGGUUCAUAUGAUUAAGGUUAAUGAAGAGAGCACCAGCAAGAAGGCAUUCUUGAUUCUAAAUGAGUUAAUACUUGCAUUGAAGUCUAAGAAGGAAAAUAGAAGAAUAGCAUACGAUGUACUCCUGGCUAUCAGUACUAGCUUGAGGAGCUCCGAAUCAAAUAACGGAGAUUCAGAUCUUCAACGACUAUUCACAAUGGUAAUGGGAUAUCUUUCUAGUCCGUCUCCUCACAUAGUGAGUGGAGCAAUUGCUGCGCUAUCAUUGCUUAUAUACAAUGAUGCUAAUUUUUGCAUGGAAGUUCCAAAUUUGAUACCAUCAGUUCUAGUUCUGCUGCAAAAUAAAGCUAUUGAAAUAAUUAAGGCAUCUUUGGGCUUUGUUAAGGUGUUGGUAACAUCUUUGCAUCCAGAAAAACUAUUGAGUUUGCAAGCAGAUAUCAUGACUGGCAUAUUACCAUGGUCAUCUUUUACAAAGCACCAUUUCAAAGGGAAGGUUGUACUAAUACUGGAAAUAUUGAUUAGGAAAUGUGGAUUUGAUGCCGUUAACCUAGUAACACCGGAAAAAUACAAGGAGUUCGUUAGAGAGGUUGAAGAGGGCCGCAAGGGGAAUCAUAAUCCAGCAGAUGGUGCAGAGCCUGAGGCAAAUGAUCCUGAGGAUCCUACUCCGAAGAGAAGAAAAUGGGGCGACUCUAAUGCUGAACCUGGGCAAGAGGAAACACCGAAAAGGGAAUUCUUCGUCAAAGGGGAUAGGAAACCUCACUUUGGGGGUGCCAGAAACCAUACUGACAAAGCAUCAGGCGGCAAAGGUGAUAGAACUCAUUUCAGACCCAAAUCCAAUGCACGGUCAGGAAAUAGUCAAAAUUACAGAGGCGGUAAAUCGCAAGGCCGCGACACGAGGCCCAGAAAUGGUGCGUUCAACAGCACACCGAACCGUGGGACGAGACAGUCCGCCCACUCUCCUAGAUUCAAGAAGGCUAGGACUGCAGCAACAUGGGCUCAUGUGGCCCUUCCGGCCCAUAUACCUGGCGGCCCUCUCUUGUCUUGUCUCUCCCAGCCGCGGUGUCAGAUUCCGACCCAGCCCGCCGGCAGCCGCCGCAUCUCCACCUCGUGUCGUCUCUGUCGAUUGCGGCGGCCGGCCAUGGCGGUGGCGGGGCCGGGGCAGCUGAACCUGGACGAGUUCCCCUCGUGGGGCUCCCGCGGCGUCGACUGCUUCGAGAAGCUCGAGCAGAUCGGCGAGGGCACCUACGGGCAAGUUUACAUGGCGAGGGAGAUGGAGACGAACGAGAUCGUCGCCCUCAAGAAGAUCCGCAUGGACAACGAGCGCGAAGGCUUCCCGAUCACGGCGAUACGGGAGAUCAAGAUCCUGAAGAAGCUCCACCACCAGAACGUUAUCCAGCUCAAGGAGAUCGUCACCUCCCCAGGCCCGGAGCGAGAUGAGCAAGGAAAGCCAAUCGACGGCAACAAGUACAAGGGGAGCAUCUACAUGGUCUUCGAGUACAUGGACCACGACCUCACCGGGCUCGCCGACAGGCCGGGGAUGCGCUUCACCGUGCCGCAGAUCAAGUGCUACAUGAAGCAGCUGCUUACGGGCCUGCACUAUUGCCAUGUCAAUCAGGUGCUGCAUCGAGAUAUCAAAGGUUCUAACCUUUUGAUAGACAACGAGGGUAACCUGAAGCUCGCUGAUUUUGGGCUGGCGAGAUCGUUCUCGAGUGAUCACAAUGGAAACCUGACUAACCGUGUGAUCACCUUGUGGUAUAGACCCCCGGAGUUGCUACUCGGAAGCACAAGGUAUGGUCCAGCUGUUGACAUGUGGUCUGUGGGUUGUAUUUUUGCUGAGCUUCUCAAUGGAAAGCCAAUACUGCCAGGAAAGAAUGAGCCGGAGCAGCUAACUAAAAUCUUUGAGCUUUGUGGCACGCCUGAUGAGGCAAACUGGCCUGGCGUCACUAAAAUGCCAUGGUACAACAAUUUCAAGCCUCCCCGGCAGUUGAAGAGAAAAGUUAAAGAAGCCUUUAAACAUUUUGACCGGCAUGCUCUGGACCUUUUAGAGAAGAUGUUAACUCUAGAUCCAUCACAGAGGAUGCCAGCGAAAGAUGCACUCGAUGCAGAGUAUUUCUGGACUGAUCCAUUACCGUGUGAUCCAAAAAGUUUGCCAUCAUAUGAAGCAUCACACGAGUUCCAGACCAAGAAAAAACGUCAGCAGCAGAGGCAAGCAGAGGAAGCUGCAAAGCGCCAAAAACUGCAGCAUCCUCCUCCACACACUCGCUUGCCUCCGAUCCAGCAUCCAGGCCAAUCACACCAGAUCAGGCCCAGCCAGCACAAUGCACCUCCCGUGGCAGCUGGCCCGAGCCAUCACUAUGCAAAACCCCGAGGACCAGGGGGGCCUAACAGGUACCCGCAGGGUGGCUCGGGCUAUAAUAAUCAGAACCGUGGAAGCCAGGGCAGUGGCUAUGGGAGCGGCCCGUAUGCUCAGCAAGGACGAGGAGGACCUCCUCCGUUCCCUGCAGCAGGUGGCCGUGGUGCGGCUGGCAGCGGCUAUGGAGUUGGUGGUGGGCCAAAUUUCCCGCAAGGCGGUCCGCCGUAUGGCGCGUCUGGUCCUGGCCGAGGUCAGAACUGUCCUCAGGGUGGUUCUCGCAAUCAGGGUUAUGGGAGCUGGCAAUAGUGUAUGCCAGUGGCAUGGGGUGGUGAAACGCCCGUCCGAGUUUGGAAUAUUUAUUUGUAGAAUCUUUUAUAUUCAUGUGCUACUCUCUGGGAUUUGCUGCACUAGUAGCUCCUGGAGUAUAUUGUUUA